GAGCGCGUCGGCGCUGUAGUCUAGUCCGGGUCCGCCUGCGUUCCCGCGUGGCUGCCGCGCGCUGCUGAUGCUCUCCAUCUGUUGAGACGGUUCCACCGCGCAGCAGCGAACACGCACCGAGGCAAUGGGAGCUCUGGGGGCGAUAGUGGGGAUUUUAAAAUAUGCGGGACUUUACCUUCAACUUAAUGCGGCUCUGAGCCACGGAUACUCAGAGGUGGACAACCGUGUGUCUGGAAAUGCGGUCUUCACAGAAGUCCCACAGGACGUCAUAACAAACAGCGGUGAGGAUGUGGAGAUGGCGUGCUCCUUCCGUGGGGCGCGUUCUCCCUCCUGCUCUCUGGAGAUCCAGUGGUGGUACAUCAAGAACCACUGGCAGGACAAGCCUGCACAUCUGACCAACAAUAUAGCGACCAUGGAGGAAAUGUCCGAGGACUCCACGAAGAUCAGUGUGGUGAAAGUGGUCGGCAGCAACAUUUCCCACAAACUCCGCCUCUCCAGCGUCAAAGCAUCAGACGAAGGGACCUACGAGUGUCGCGUCAUUGACAACAGCGGUGCUGUGGCGCAGCAUCACCGCGUCCGCGCCUACCUCCAGGUCAACAGUCAGGAGUCACAUGACGUCCGCCUACAGGAAGCCCGGCAGUGGAGACGGGGGAGUCACCAAACCUCGCAUGCAGGAAGCAGACGGGGAGACGAGGAGGAGACGGGCUGGCAGCCUCAGUCAUUGUGAAGCAGCGUUCGUUUUGUAGUUAACCUCCAGUCCUCUUGCAUGUUCAUGUCUCGUUUCUACAUGGAGGGCUGAAGGUUUUCUGCAUAUGUUUCUUGGUUUGUUUGCUGCCUGAAUGCUGGAGAAUGUCAGCAGAGAAAAGGUUUU